UGAACAUAACCAUAUAAACUUAACCUAAAAAGUUAUUAGUUGAGUUGAAGUAGUUUAUAGUUAUUUAUUACAAAUAUUAUAAAUUAGAUGCUUGUCUGAUUUGUAGAGUGGUUAUAAGUUUUACAAAGUAAUAAACUUUAACGUUUACUAACUGUUCACAAACUGUAAACAUGGAAGUCGACAGUGUUCCUUCAACGUCUAAUGUGAAAGACGCCGGUGCUCCUUCAACAUCUAAAAGAUCACCCAAUACUAACCAUAAAGAAUCCUAUAGGCUGUUGUUAAAUAGAGUAAAUGAUUUACAGGAAAGUGAAGAUAAAGGUAUCAGAGCAGCUUUGGAAUUAGGAUCUAUUCUAGAGGAAGUGGAUAUUUUGGAAAAUGAAAAUACAACUGCAGGAGUGAGAGAUGCAGAUGAAACAAUGUUGGACUCCAUGGUACUCUCCUCUGCCAGUGAUUAUCUUGUAAAGUGUGUAAAAGCCGUUGAUUUACAAACAUUAACAUACCAUCCUGCUGAAUUUUCCACAAAACUAAUGAAUCGCUUAAAAGGUGAUAAUGAUUUUGAGCCUGAGAAGUUAUUUAAACUCCUAAAUGUUGCCAACAAUUUAAUCCCUCAGUUGCCUCAACUCAGCUUUUUACAUGGUACAUUUGAUCCAAAUGUAAUGCCUGAACCUAAGCAAAAAAAAAUAGUACAAAGACAAGCCCCAGAGAAAUUGGAGAAAAAAAAAUUGCAACAAGUUAAAACAAUAGAUAAAGAGGAGGAUAAUAUUAAUGAAACGAUUAACGUUUUAGAAAGUUUCUUGAAAAGGGAAUAUGAAGAAAAUAGGCAAACACCUAUUAAGUACUUUAAUUUUGUAAUUGACAGUGAAUCUUUCGAAAGGACCAUUGAGAAUAUGUUUUAUUUUUCAUUUUUGCUAAGGGAUGGAAAAGCCUCUCUAGAAAUUGACAAUGAUGGUAUACCAGUGGUAGCUCCAAAGUCUAAACGGGAUCUAGACGAGUUUCGUAAAAAAGGGGGAGUUAAUACACAAAUGAUAUCUUCUAUGGACAUAGAACAGUGGCAGGUAAAAGAGAAAAUAAUCAAUAUUAAGCCUCCCAUUCCAAAACGAGGAUCUGAAAAAGAAAUCUGAACUGAAACUGGCCACGAAAGAGGGUAUUAUACAAAAACGCAAAAAUAACAACUCAUAAAAUCGACAAAAAUCAAUUUUGUUUUGAUAUAAUUUUGCAUGUAAAUAUUAUUGCUAAUUUGUUAACGCUUUUAUCGUUGCCUAUUUCGAGAUAAUGGAUAAUUUAUUGUUAAGGAAAAUGAGUGAGUACACUUGAACUUUGAAAUGAAUUGUUAAAAGAUAACUAAAAAAAAACCGAAGGAUUUUUAAUUCAGUUAAUGAUGGCUAAGAACAAAUGCAC